AUGCACAGCGCGCCGUUAGAGGUGAAAGACUACAAUGGACAGAAGAUCAACGUGUCGGUGGCCAAGAAAAAUCGAAACGACAAGAAAAGGAGAACAACGGGUAUGGAAAACUUAUGUGGAUGCUUAGCUGUUAUUUAGCUAGAUGCCUACCUUACAUUUUUUAUGGUGAAGUUAGAGGAUCAAACAUUUUAUUGUCAUCUUGUCUUCUACACAGCCACAGCACCAAAAGAACCAGUACCACAAAAAUAACAUAAAUCUCAAGGAAGUGUAGUAUAUGAAGAAUUAUUACUUUGCUAAUGUUUUCAAGUGGAACCUGAGAGGAUGUUUAUUUAGUGUCAGAGGGAAUUGUUUUAGGGUGACGCCCCAUAGAAGACAGGGGAUUGGACAGUAGAGGGAGCCACCCAUAUUUUGGGAAUAUUAUAAGUACUGGGUUUAAACAAAGAAGAGCGGAGCGGACAUUGUAAUUUGGAAAACACUGCUCUCCGGGUGAUCAUGACAUCUGUAAACUUAUGCUGAAAUCUUGUGACAUGAAUAAAACUUAUGAUCAAAGUUCAGUAUAAGCGGACUCCUUUGUUUAACAGCAAUAAUUAGCAACAUUGACUCGACACUACAAAAUGGCGUCACGAACUGGAUCGGUCUGCGUCUCUCCUUUGUUCCAUUCAUGGGCGCCGAGCUGACUCUCGUUCCAAAGUCAUGGCCAGAUAAGGGUGAGUUUCCUCACCACUUUGGGCAUUUGUUAGUUCGAAGGCUAUUUGAGUGUGCAAGGGGGAGAUGUACCGUGUAAAGUACUUGUGUGUGCUGGUGUGGCUGUUAUUGCUGUGGACUAGGGGUCUGUCAUAACUAUUCUAAAUUUGGUUGCACUGGUGAACGGCGCAAAUAGGGGGGAGUGUCUAUAGAGAUAUUUUGCUUGAAUAGGAAUUCAAGAACAAUCGAUUGAAAGGAAUAAGGCCAAGGUAUAUGUAUACAAAUUAGGACAUUGCGAAUCUGGAAAGACCUCUAAACAAGGCGAUCUUUAGGAUGGGCCGAAAAUCCUGUAACAUGUUAGAUGGAAUGGGUGAGUCCUGGGGACUGGAGGCUGUGGUAUAUACAUUCUAUUGCAAGUUACCGCUCAGCUGGUGUUUGACGAAGCAUUUGUUUGAUGUGACCGCUCAUUGAAUAUCCAUAGAACUCGCGGCAGCAUAAAGUUAGGGACAAAGGAAAAUGAAUUUUACGGCGCAAUGUAGGUUACAUUGCUACAUGCUACAUGUUACAUACAUGCUACAUGCUACAUGCUAACAUGUGACCUUAGAGGGCCAUCGAGAUGGAAUAAAGCCUCUUAAAUUAUGUUUGUGUGUGUAGAAUUUAAGUUCUAGGCUUUGUGAGCUCUGUUAAAUGUUGUUUGGCUAUGAGGAGAAAACGGAGUUACAGCGGGACUGUUAACUUUCUGUUUGGCUUGGGGAGAGAGCUGCUUGAGGGCUCCGUCCACGCUGAAAUCGUACUGGUGAAUGAACUGCGCAUGCGUGUGAUUUUGUGACUUUAGAGUUACGUAGGGAGAAUAUGCCACUGCCUACACUGGGUGCAAGGGGGAGACACAGACGCAGACAAAAGACAGAGAUUUAGAGUCUAAUGGUGUAUUCUGGUUGUUACAUCGGCUGUUUGACGAUGAAACUGUUUUCUUGAGACAUAUUGAAUUGAUAAAUGAGAGAGAUAUGUUGACGGAUUAAAAAUAAAAAUAAUUAAAUAAAUAAAUAAAAUAAAAAUGUUAUUGAGCUAUUUAUGCGAUUCCUGAGUUAAUUCUUAGCGCAAAUGUGACUGGAGGAAUAUUGAAUGGUUGAAAUAACUCAGUGACUGCAUAAACUACUAAAUUCUUGUCUGUUUCUUUGUUCUUUUGUCAUAUGAGAGACGAUAAGAGGAACGAGGAGAGAGAGAGAAAGAGAGGAAGUGCUGACGUGUACAUCAUGUGACAGGGUGUGACGCGACAAGAGGCUGCUGCGACAGGAUCAAGUCAAAAGAGAAUCAGGCUAGUGCUGUUCUGUUUACAAAGUCUUCCCCUACAGGAUAUUUGAUGUUAUGACAAUUUGACAAAGACUUGGCAAAAGACUGAUAAAAUAAAAAUGGCAUUUUGGAGUUUCUGUGAAUGAGUGGGUUUGAUUAGAGUUGUGUUGGGAAUCGAGUACUGACAUUAUUCUGUAAAAUUAAGAUAAUUGGAUGCUUAUUAAGCAAUGGGUUUUAUGAGUACUGUAGUGUUGCUGGAUUAUAGGUGUUUUCUUUUUGGAUUGCUCUGAAGUUGUCUACUUUCCUGUACUUUUCCUGAUUGAAGGUGGUAAGAUAGCCACUAAUUGAUAAAUUAGUAAAAUAGGAAAUAUAUAUAUAUAUAUUUUUUGAUUAUUCAUAAAUUUAUUGAUUAAUUGUUUAAUUGAAGAAAAGAAAAAAUAUUAAUUAUUUUUUUGAAUAUUCAUAUUGUUAUUGAUUAAUUUUUAUUAUUUAGGGGAAAAAAAUGUUUUAGUUUAUAUUAAAAAUUAAAGGGAGGACACUAUAAGCUAUAUAUUCUAAAAUAAUAAUAAAAUAAUUCACAAUAAAGGAAUAUAAAAGAGUUGUUACAAUGGGGAAAAAGGACAUAAGGACUAUGAAGGUAAUUACACCUGUUGAUAUAGUACAAAAUAGUAAUCCUUUAGUUAAUGGUAUUGCAGGGUUAUCCGGCAAAUGGAACAAACGUUGGCCUGACAUUGAACAACCAUGGCCAGUGGAAGGGACUCUUAACCCUGACGUAAUCAACAUAAUGAAAGUGCUUCUGUCAAUUCAUAAAGCAGUUCAAAAGAGAGGGAAAAAAGGGAACAACGUAAAGAAAAGAGACAAAGAGAGCUGGGUGUUCUUAAGCUGUUUGAGAAUGAAGGACAAAAACUGAUAAAAGAUGCCAGAGAAAAACUAAUGGCAGAAGUCAGUACACCUUUCUCACAUACGGAUUCAGGAAAAAGACCCCCACCUUAUGAGGAAGAAGUAGAGCGUAAGGACGUCUAUCCUCAGCUUCCGGUGAUCAUUCAGGAGGGUGAUUAUUGCAUCAGAGAUGAAGAGGAACGAAUAAUAGAGAGAGGACAAGCAGAAACGACCAUAAAAAUGAAUCCAAACUCCAGAAGUAAGAAAAAACCGAGAUGUCUGGAAACUAAGAGAAGAAUGAGGUUCGGAAAGAUGAAGACAAAGAUGAAGACUUGGAGAGUAAAGGUGCUUCAUAUUCAAGAGGAUUUUACCCAACAAUGAUUAGCAAAGAAGAAAUAGAAAGAGAUAUAGACCGAUGCGUAUCAUGCCUGGAUAAAGCGAAUAGUUUAGAAGAAGUAACACAACUGGAGGAACAACUCAAGAAGCUGAAGAUACAGAAGAAGAAACUGCUGAGAAAAGGAUCCCAAGAAUUGGAGGAGAAUAAUACAUUGAGGCCAAGGAAAGAGAGAAAAGUAAGAAGAUGAUGGAAGAUGAUAUUUCGAGGACAGAACUUAGAAUAUAACCUUUUGAAGAAUACUGAUAUGUCAACAACAAGAAAGAGCAGGACCAAGAAACUGUCAGAAAACUUGAUCAAAUACAACUGGAGGGGAAGGAGAAGAAGAAGGAGAAGAAAAGCUUUGGUUAUGAAGAAUCAGGGUGAACCAAAUCAACAAUCACUGCUAUAGCUUCAACUGAACAAGGUCAAAUGCAAUUGUACCAGCCACAACAAGUGGUAUAAGUUGUUCCAUAUCCAUAUAUAGUUUCUGGAAAGAGGGAAUUUCUGAGGAAGAUAAAGGAGCAAGUGAAGAUCACCUGUACUCCAGGUGAACCCUUAAAGGAGCAAGGAUUCUAGAGUGCCUAGAAGAUCCGAAGGGGGGUGUCAGCUGGUAGCACCAAUUAGGGAAAAAAUAUCCAACAAUUGAAGUGAAAACAAAGGACUAUGAGAAGUGAUGGUGAGUAGAGGAAAAGCUUUUAUCUGUGUUGAGCCUAAAGAGGUUACACAUCUCACUAUGUAAAAUUAACUAAUUAGGAUAGGGAUUUGAGGGAGUAAAACAGUUGAUUACUCUUAAGGAACCAAUUGAGCUCUGCUAUAAAAAUCAAAGAGAAAUUAAAAUACACAUACUGGUAUCAGAACAUAUACCUAUUGCAUUGUUUGGAAGAGAUGCAUUGUGUAAAUUGAACUGUACAAUAAGAUGUACACUAGACGGCUGUCUGGUAGAAGAUUUUAAAAGAGUAGGGUUUUUGGGAAUCUAUUAGACUGCCUAUUAGACAAUCUGUCUGAAAAAUUAAGUUAAAAGGGGUGACUGUUAUUCUUGGUUACAUUCCUACACCAGGAGAUUUCAAACUAGGCUAAAAGAUGUUUAAUCGUUUGCCAAGUCUGUGUGUGAAGAAGUCAGAAGCAGGUGGGGAUUUCCCGAUCAGAUAUUCAAAAAAAUUGGUGGUAAGGGCUUUUGUGAAUAAAUCAGUGGAAAGGGUUUUUAAAAGUUAGGAGAAAAGAUUAGAUUAAAAAAGUUAGGAAAACUAGGGUUGAAGGAACUCUAGGACAGUAAGCUAAGUUUCAAUGUUAGUUAGUAGUAAGAGAGAGAGAACUAGUGGUGAUAGAUGGAAAUACAAGUCAGGAGUUCAAAGUCUUAGGGAGAAUGGAUGAAGUAACAACAAGGACAUUAACACUUCAGCAUAUUAAAACAACAGUUAGAAGCAAUUCAACUCUUUCAACAUUGAUAGUUAUUGAAGCCAUCAAUAUAUCGCAUUUGAUUACAAGGGAGCCAAUAGCUCCAGCACCAAUUUUAGAGGAAUUUCAUAGUCUGGGAAGCCUACCAUUGGAGGAUAAGUCUAAGAGAGAAGUGGGGAUUUUUCCAGGGUAUGGUGUAAAAUUUGGGAAGAUAACAUAGAUAAUAUUACCUAUACUUUGCAGGGUUUUGCAAAUGAAACGAUAAGAGGGUUUAACCUUCUGUCGAAUACUCAAAGAAGUCACAGACUGACGCUGUUAAAACAUGAUAUGGCUCUUGACUAUAUUCUAGCAAAACAAGGUGGCUUAUGUUUGGCUAUGACUUUGACGGGGGAUGAUUGUUAUACUUUGAUUCCAGAUAGUUCAGAUAAUAUCACUAGUGUUAUAGAUGCAUUGAAGAAUAUAAGGGAUGCAUUUGGUAGAUCUGAAGGAGCUGGAUGGUCAGCGAAGUCUUGGUUGCAAGAUCAGUUAGGCCCAGUGGGAGCAGUGAUGGUUCAGAUUUUAGUAGCAGCUUUGAUAGCACUGUGUGUGAUGUUUUUCUUUUGUAAUUUGUUACUGACCUUUGCGAAAGCUAUGAUAUUGAGAUGGGUUGGAGUAGUGAUGCCUGGAGACAACACUCAGAUGCCGUUGUUGACUGUUCCUGAUCUGGAUGAAGAGGGACAAGUGGGACUGGAUGGAGUAUUGAUGGAUAAAUAUCAUUUUUUGAUUAUUUGAUUAUUUUUUAAAUGUUUUUCAAUAUUAGUGUGAUUUUAGUAUUUUGUUAUGAAUCAAAGGGGGGAAAUAGGAUAAUGUGAUUCAUAUAUCAUUUAUAUAUCAUUUUUUUAUAUUCUUAGUUGAUAUUGAUGUUUUAAUUUGAAAGUGUUGUUUUGCAAAAGAUACUGUUUGGUCUUUUCUUUUCUUCCAGAAGCAUUUGGGGGAAUAUGUAGAGAUUGAAAUACUCAAACAAGGACAAUAUGAAGGGACAAUAUGAAAGGAGAAUAUGAAGGGAAAGGAGGAGAUGGAACAAGGAAGGUGUGGAAAUGUUCCGAUUCCAUCAUCAACGAUGCAUUGGAAGUCGACACUGCUGAGGAGAUGAAGUGUAGUGGACUACAUUCCAGUGUCUGCAAUGAAAUAUAGACAUAUUUGCAUGUGGAAUACAUAAUUUGUGUCAUAUUCUUUCUGUAUUAAUUUUUGUAGAAUGAUAUUUGAUGUUAUUGGAUACAUGUGGGGAUCUUAGAUGUUUUUGUUUAUUUCGUGAAUGCUUAGGGACAUGAAGUCUAGGCAGGGAUAGAGAUAAUCCACCGUAGGGUCCGAUGGGUCGACCAGCCUGAGAGUGGACAUUUUGGAUAGUAUUUUGUUUGCUGGGGCUUUCAUGUGUAUUUAAUUGCAUCAUAGUUUCAAAUGCAUUGAUAAAGAUUUAUGAAUUGAUCUGGAGUACUUAGGUGGUUGCCUGGGGCAGAGGGGCCGUGAGAGAAUUUUACUGUCUUGAUUGAUGGAUGGAUAUUUGGAAAGAAGGCUGCCAGACAGGUUUUUCGCUCUCACACUCCAUAAAGAUUUGUUCAUAUUUCAUAGAAAUGUAUUUACACUCCAUAGAAAAAUGUGUUUUUGGUUUAUUGUUAAAGAUACUCAAUAAGAUAAAUUGUUACUUGUCAUAAUCCUAUUCUGUUUGUUUUCGAGACUUUUAGUUAGUCUCGAAGGGGGGAAUGUAGUAUAUGAAGAAUUAUGACUUUGCUAAUGUUUUCAAGUGGAACCUGAGAGGAUGUUUAUUUAGUGUCAGAGGGAAUUGUUUUAGGGUGACGCCCCAUAGAAGACAGGGGAUUGGACAGUAGAGCGAGCCACCCAUAUUUUGGGAAUAUUAUAAGUACUGGGUUUAAACAAAGAAGAGCGGAGCGGACAUUAUAAUUUGGAAAACACUGCUCUCCGGGUGAUCAUGACAUCUGUAAACUUAUGCUGAAAUCUUGUGACAUGAAUAAAACUUAUGAUCAAAGUUCAGUAUAAGCGGACUCCUUUGUUUAACAGCAAUAAUUAGCAACAUUUACUCGACACUACAGAGGCUUAAAGAAAAACGGAAGGAAAGCCAGACUGAUCAUAAGUAAUCUCAGUUUCAAGGUAUGACACACACUAGUGAUGCGCGGAACCGCCUGACUGAGGCCUGCACCCAACCCUAACCCGCAAAUAUAGAAAAUGCGCUGUACAGUCAGAGAUGACCGAAUUCGUUUUUGACUGGCCUUUUUUAGAUAAGCCUAUGUUUUUGCUUAUAAUUUCCAACAUUUUAGGCUAUUUGUUAGUCAACUUGUAUAUAAUUACACACGUGCAGCUUCUCUUCUGUCAUUACUUGUAGCCCUAGAAGACUAAAUAAACCCUUGCUCACCAGAAUGUCAUAAAUUGAUCGAAUCGAUAGUUUCUCUUUCCUCUUUCAUCUCUGCUUCUCUCCCGCAGCAAAGAUGUUUGGGGACCAGGGAGAAAGUGCAAUAAAAAUAAAGGGGAAAGCUUUUCCAUGCAACAUUUCCAAGUGUCACCAGUUUGACCAGUUUUAAGGAAAUUAAUAGCUGUUAAAACGACCAACAUGUUUUUGAUAAGAUUUCAGUUCGGCUUGGAUGCAUAUUUUAUGACGCUGAUAAAGAUGGCACCUUUACAGACGGUCCCUAACCGUGCAUUUAUUCUCUCCUAGAUACUGAAAGAAAGAGAUCAUAUUUCUCCACUCCUGAUCCCGAGUAAAAGUGUUGCAUUUGGUGUAUAAUUUUACUGCAAGAAAUGCUUAAUUCUAAGGGAGCUAAUAUUAUACACUGCUCAAAAAAAUAAAGGGAACACUUAAACAACACAAUGUAACUCCAAGUCAAUCACACUUCUGUGAAAUCAAACUGUCCACUUAGGAAGCGACACUGAUUGGCAAUACAUUUCACAUGCUGUUGUGCAAAUGGAAUAGACAACAGGUGGAAAUUAUAGGCAAUUAGCAAGACACCCCCAAUAAAGGACUGGUUUUGCAGGUGGUGACCACAGACCACUUCUCAGUUCCUAUGCUUCCUGGCAGAGGUUUUGGUCACUUUUGAAUGCUGGCGGUACUUUCACUCUAGUGGUAGCAUGAGACGGAGUCUACAACCCACACAAGUGGCUCAGGUAGUGCAGCUCAUCCAGGAUGGCACAUCAAUGCGAGCUGUGGCAAGAAGGUUUGCUGUGUCUGUCAGCGUAGUGUCCAGAGCAUGGAGGCGCUACCAGGAGACAGGCCAGUACAUCAGGAGACGUGGAGGAGGCCGUAGGAGGGCAACAACCCAGCAGCAGGACUGCUACCUCCGCCUUUGUGCAAGGAGGAGCAGGAGGAGCACUGCCAGAGCCCUGCAAAAUGACCUCCAGCAGGCCACAAAUGUGCAUGUGUCUGCUCAAACGGUCAGAAACAGACUCCAUGAGGGUGGUAUGAGGGCCCGACGUCCACAGGUGGGGGUUGUGCUUACAGCCCAACACCGUGUAGGACGUUUGGCAUUUGCCAGAGAACACCAAGAUUGGCAAAUUCGCCACUGGCGCGCUGUGCUCUUCACAGAUGAAAGCAGGUUCACACUGAGCACGUGACAGACGUGACAGAGUCUGGAGACGCCGUGGAGAACGUUCUGCUGCCUGCAACAUCCUCCAGCAUGACCGGUUUGGCGGUGGGUCAGUCAUGGUGUGGGGUGGCAUUUCUUUGGGGGGCCGCACAGCCCUCCAUGUGCUCGCCAGAGGUAGCCUGACUGCCAUUAGGUACCGAGAUGAGAUCCUCAGACCCCUUGUGAGACCAUAUGCUGGUGCGGUUGGCCCUGGGUUCCUCCUAAUGCAAGACAAUGCUAGACCUCAUGUGGCUGGAGUGUGUCAGCAGUGCCUGCAAGAGGAAGGCAUUGAUGCCAUGGACUGGCCCACCCGUUCCCCAGACCUGAAUCCAAUUGAGCACAUCUGGGACAUCAUGUCUCGCUCCAUCCACCAACGCCACGUUGCACCACAGACUGUCCAGGAGUUGGCGGAUGCUUUAGUCCAGGUCUGGGAGGAGAUCCCUCAGGAGACCAUCCGCCACCUCAUCAGGAGCAUUCCCAGGCGUUGUAGGGAGGUCAUACAGGCACGUGGAGGCCACACACACUACUGAGCCUCAUUUUGACUUGUUUUAAGGACAUUAUAUCAAAGUUGGAUCAGCCUGUAGUGUGGUUUUCCACUUUAAUUUUGAGGGUGACUCCAAAUCCAGACCUCCAUGGGUUGAUACAUUUGAUUUCCAUUGAUCAUUUUUGUGUGAUUUUGUUGUCAGCACAUUCAACUAUGUAAAGAAAAAAGUAUUUAAUAAGAUAAUUUCAUUAAUUCAGAUCUAGGAUGUGUUAUUUUAGUGUUCCCUUUAUUUUUUUGAGCAGUGUAUUAGGCUAUGUGAGAGGUCGAAUUUGUAUAGCGCCUCGCAAUCAUCACACUGCUAUCAUCCUCUUUUUACCACUUCACCAAAUCGUUCCCAAACAUUAGAAUACUGUUCUGGCCCUCCCUUCUAUUUAUUUUCAACUCUCCAUUUUGCAGCUUUUCUCUUGUUGAAUGAAACUCUGACCUUUUUGCCUCAGUGGAUCGAUGUCAACUUUUUCUGCCCAAGUUCCCAGAUGCGUUUGGCAAUUGAUGUAUAUUUGGCACGCUACAGUUAGGCCCUAAAGCUUAGGCUACGCAGCAAUGGCAGAUAAAAAAGAAUGAAAGAAAAACCUAAAUGUAGCCCAUAGAUAUGAAUUGCACAAUAAUUAUACUGAGUGUACCUGCUCUUUCCAUGACACAGAUUUGACCAGGUGUAUCCAGGUGAAAGCUGUGAUCCCUUAUUGAUGUCACUUGUUAAAUCCACUUCAAUCAGUGUAGAUGAAGGGGGGGAGACAGGUUAAAGAAGGAUUUAAGCCUUGAGAUAAUUGAGACAUGUAUUGUAUGUGUGCCAUUCAGAGGGUGAAUGGACAAGACUAAAUAUUUAAGUGCCUUUGAACGGGGUAUUGUAGUAGGUUCCAGGUGCACUGGUUUGAGUGCGUCAAGAACUGCAACGCUGCUGGGUUUUUCACACUCAACAGUUUCCCGUGUGUAUCAAGAAUGAUCCACCAUCCAAAGGACAUCCAGCCAACUUGACACAACUGUGAGAAGCAUUGGAGUCAACAUGGGCCAGCAUCCCUGUGGAAUGCUUUCGAAACCUUGUAGAGUCCAUGCCCCGACAAAUUGAGGCUGUUCUGAGGGCAAAAAGGGGUGCACCUCAAUAUUAGGAAGGUGUUCCUAUUGUUUUGUACACUGUGUACAUUCAUGGAUUUUAAAUGCAUUGUUUUCUCUUUAUUCAACCUGGGACUGUGGGUUACGAGUCAACCCGUGCAUCACUAACACACCCACACAGACAAUCUUUCUCUUUGGCCUCCACUUUGUGCAAGGAUGCUUUGUCUGCAGUUAGUUGUUAAUGUUUGUCUUCGGUACCCACAGUGCUCUGAGGAUGAUCUGAAGCAGACCUUUGCCAAGUUUGGGACAGUUCUGGAGGCUAACAUCCCCCUUAAACCAGGUACAGACUUAACCUUGAGAGAAUCACCACCCAACCACACUAAGCACUGUUGAGCCUUUGUGGAUUUAGUUGUGCAAAGACAACUGCAGAGUCAAUAUCAUGUUUUCUAUCUGGUGGCUGACUAUUCCUCACUCUGUUUACCUUCCUGUGUGUGUAUGUCAUCAGAUGGAAAGAUGCGGGGCUUUGCGUUUGUCCAGUUUAAGAACGUCUUGGGGGCAGGAAAGGCCUUGAACGCAAUAAACCUAAAGGAGAUCAAAGGUGAGACACCUUAACCUGGUGUGUGUGUGUGUGUGAAUUGAAAACCUGGUCAAGGUGUGGAGAACUGCUAGAUGAAAAAUAUAAGGGGAACAACUUCUAUAUUUAAAAGUUUAAUAGACAAAGACAGACAUAUGCAUAUGUGAAGACAUACAGUUGAAAAACUCAGUUUUUCACAAUUCCUGACAUUUAAUCCUAGUAAGAAUUCCCUGUCUUAGGUCAGUUAGGAUCACCACUUUAUUUUAAGAAUGUAAAAUGUCAGAAUAAUAGUAGAGAGAAGGAUUUAUUUCAGCUUUUAUUUAUUUCAUCACAUUCCCAGUGGGUCAGAAGUUUACAUACACUCAAUUAAAAUUUGGUAGCAUUGUCUUUAAAUUGUUUAACUUGGGUCUGUCACACCCUGGCUAUGGGACUCUAGUUGUUGAGCCAGGGUGUGUUUGUUCUAUGUGGUGUGUUUCUAUGUUGGGGGUUCUAGUUCGUCUAUUUCUAUGUUUUGCCUGAGUGACUCCCAAUCAGAGGCAACGAGUGUCAGCUGUUGGCUGGUUGUCUCUGAUUGGGAGCCAUAUUUAAACUGUCUGUUUUCCCUUUGUGUUUGUGGGUUUUUGUUCCGUGUUCGGUCAUUGUUACCGUUGGACGUCACGAGUCGUUUCUUGUUUUGUUUAUGGUAGAUUAUCACUAAAGAUAAUAAAGUUCACCAUGUUCGUUCAACACGCUGCGCAUUGGUCUCUCCCUGACGAUCGUGACAGAAAAACCCACCAAAACUGGACCAAGCAGCGUGAAGAGGAGAGAGGAAGGACUUGGGAUCGAUGGAGUAGGGGUCUCGACUGGGCUAAGCCGAGUGAAGAGCAGAGAGGGUGGACUUGGGAACAGUGGAGGAAGAGUCUCGACUGGGUCAAGCCUAAUGAAGAGCAGAAUGGCUGGAGUUGGAGGCAGAAGAGCGAGAGUUGGGCGAAAACUAUAGAGGCCUGGCCCACGGGGAGGAGAGACCCCCAGAAAAUUUUUAGGGGGGGGCUCACGACGUCGGGGCAGCAGGAGGCCGCGAUAGAGCGGUCCAGCGGGUUGGCAGAGGAGGCCGCCAUGUUAAGGGGGCCACUGGUCACUAAGGGGAAGGAAAGUGUGGAGGCACGGCGAGAGGUACUGGGGUGUGUUACCAGUCCGGUCCGGCCCGUUCCUGAUCCCCGCGUAGGGCCAGGGGUGUGUGUCCCCAGUGCGGUCCGGUCUGUUCCUGUUCCUCGCAUCGAGCCUGUGGUGCGCGUCGCCAGCCCGGUCCGGCCUGUUCCUGCUCCCCGCAUCGAGCCUGUGGUACGCUUCGCCAGCCCGGUCCGUUCCUGCUCCCCGCACCAAGUCAGUAGUGCGCUUCGUCAGCCCGGUCCGGCCCGUUCCUGCUCCCCGCACCAAGUAAGUGGUGCGCUUCGUCAGUCCGGCACGGCCCGUGCCUGCUCCCCGCACCAAGCCUACGGUGUGCGUCGCCAGCCCGGCCCGGCCUGUUCCUGCCCCUCGCACCAAGCCUACGGUGCGCAUCGCCAGCCCGGUAAGGCCCGUUGCUGCUCCACGCACCAAGCCUACGGUGCGCGUCGCCAGCCCGGCCCGGCCUGUUCCAGCCACUCGCACCAAGUCUACGGUGUGCGUCGCCAGCCCGGCCCGGCCUGUUCCUGCCACUCGCACCAAGUCUACGGUGCGAGUCGUCAGCCUGGUCCAGCCCGUUCCUGCUACUCGCACCAAGCCAGGGGUGCGAGUCGUCAGCCUGGUCCAGCCCGUUCCUGCCACUCGCACCAAGCCAGGGGUGCGAGUCGUCAGCCUGGUCCAGCCCGUUCCGGCCACUCGCACCAAGCCAGGGGUGCGAGUCGUCAGUCCAGUGAGGCCCGUUGCUGCUCCACGCACCAAGCCAGGGGUGCGUAUCGUCAGCCAGGUCCGGUCCUUUCCUGCCUCACGCACCAAGCCAGGGGUGCGCGUCGUCUGUCCGGCACAACCUGUGCCUGGGUCACCGGUGCCUAACCAGGUACCGGUCAACGGCUCCACUACGGAGUUGAAGCUAACCGCUCCUGCUACGUCCAGUCCAGUUCUAGCCAGCGGGGCCAGACCGGACCAGGGGCACUAUGGGGGGUUUGUUGGAGGGUGGUGGGCAAGCCCGGAGCCAGAACCGCCGCCGAGGAGGUAUGCCCACCCAGCCCUCCCCUGUUUUGCUCUUUUUGAGGCGCGGUCGCAGUCCGCGCCUUUAGGGGGGGGGGGGGUACUGUCACACCCUGGCUAUGGGACUCUAGUUGUUGAGCCAGGGUGUGUUUGUUCUAUGUGGUGUGUUUCUAUGUUGGGGGUUCUAGUUCGUCUAUUUCUAUGUUUUGCCUGAGUGACUCCCAAUCAGAGGCAACGAGUGUCAGCUGUUGGCUGGUUGUCUCUGAUUGGGAGCCAUAUUUAAACUGUCUGUUUUCCCUUUGUGUUUGUGGGUUUUUGUUCCGUGUUCGGUCAUUGUUACCGUUGGACGUCACGAGUCGUUUCUUGUUUUGUUUAUGGUAGAUUAUCACUAAAGAUAAUAAAGUUCACCAUGUUCGUUCAACACGCUGCGCAUUGGUCUCUCCCUGACGAUCGUGACAGGGUCAAACGUUUCGGGUAGCCUUCCACAAGCUUCCCACAAUAAGUUGGGUGAAUUUUGGCACAUUCCUCCUGACAGAGCUGGUGUAACUGAGUCAGGUUUGUACGCCUCCUUGCUCGCACACACUUCUUCAGUUCUGCCCACAAUUUUUCUAUAGGAUUGAGGUCAGGGCUUUGUAAUGGCCACUCCAAUACCUUGACUUUGUUGUCCUUAAGCCAUUUUGCCACAACUUUGGAAGUAUGCUUGGGGUCAUUGUCCAUUUGGAAGACCCAUUUGCGACCAAGCUUUAACUUCCUAACUGAUGUCUUGAGAUGUUGCUUCAAUAUAUCCACAUAAUUUUCCUUCCUCAUGAUGCCAUCUAUUUUGUGAAGUGCACCAGUCCCUCCUGCAGCAAAGCACCCCCACAGCAUGAUGCUGCCAACCCCGUGCUUCACGGUUGGGAUGGUGUUCUUCGGCUUGCAAGCAGCCCCCUUUUUCCUCCAAACAUAAUGAUGGUUAUUAUGGCCAAACAGUUCUAUUUUUGUUUCAUCAGACCAGAGGAUAUUUCUUAAAAAAGUAAGAUCUUUGUCCCCAUGUGCAGUUACAAACCGUAGUCUGGCUUUUUUAUGGCGGUUUUGGAGCAGUGGCUUCUUCCUUGCUGAGCGGCCUUUCAGGUUAUGUCGAUAUAGGACUCGUUUUACUGUGGAUAUAGAUACUUUUGUACCUGUUUCCUCCAGCAUCUUCACAAGGUCCUUUGCUGUUGUUCUGGGAUUGAUUUGCACUUUUCGCACCUCGCAUCUCUAAGAGACAGAACGCGUCUCCUUCCUGAGCGGUAUGACGGCUGCGUGGUCCCGUUUUGUUUAUACUUGCGUACUAUUGUUUGUACAGAUGAACGUGGUACCUUCAGGCAUUUGGAAAUUGCUCCCAAGGAUGAACCAGACUUGGAGGUCUACAAUGUUUUUUCUGAGGUCUUGGCUGAUUUCUUUUGAUUUUCCCAUGUCAAGCAAAGAGGCACUGAGGUUGAAGGUGGUAGGCCUUGAAAUACAGUGGGGAAAAAAGUAUUUAGUCAGCCACCAAUUGUGCAAGUUCUCCCACUUAAAAAGAUGAGAGAGGCCUGUAAUUUUCAUCACAGGUACACGUCAACUAUGACAGACAAAAUGAGAAAGAAAUAUCCAGAAAAUCACACUGUAGGAUUUUUAAUGAAUUUAUUUGCAAAUUAUGGUGGAAAAUAAGUAUUUGGUCAAUAACAAAAGUUUCUCAAUACUUUGUUAUAUACCCUUUGUUGGCAAUGACACAGAUCAAACGUUUUCUGUAAGUCUUCACAAGGUUUUCACACACUGUUGCUCGUAUUUUGGCCCAUUCCUCCAUGCAGAUCUCCUCUAGAGCAGUGAUGUUUUGGGGCUGGGCAACACAGACUUUCAACUCCCUCCAAAGAUUUUCUAUGGGGUUGAGAUCUGGAGACUGGCUAGGCCACUCCACGACCUUGAAAUUGGCUGACUAAAUACUUUUUCCCCCCGCUGUACAUCCACAGGUACACCUCCAAUUGACUCAAAUGAUGUCAAUGAGCCUAUCAGAAGCUUCUAAAGCCAUUACAUUAUUUUCUGGAAUUUUCCAAGCUGUUUAAAGGCACAGUCAACUUAGUGUAUGUAAUCUUCUGACCCACUGGAAUUGUGAUACAGUGAAUUAUAAGUGAAAUAAUCUGUCUGUAAACAAUUGUUGGAAAAAUUACUUGUGUCAUGCACAAAGUAGAUGUCCUAGCCGACUUGCCAAAACUAUAGUUUGUUAACAAGAAAUGUGUGGAGUGGUUGAAAAACGAGUUUUAAUGACUCCAACCUAAGUUUAUGUAAACUUCCGACUUCAACUGUAUGUUCCUCUAAGAGGUUUGCAGCAAAUCUCUCACCCUCCAGAGGGGAGGGUUGACCUAAAUACCCUUGCCUUAUCUGUUUGUUGUUUCACCCUUCCAUGCCCGGUGCCAAAACAUUAAAUCAAGGUGGAGACCUUGAGGUUGAAUAGACUAUACAUUUUAAACAUCUUAAUCGUUUAAGGACACCUAUGGCCGGUUUUAUGGCUCAGGGGCCCAGAUCCCAUUUACUGAGACCUGCUUUACGGUGACCUCUGACCUGAGAGAGGGUACCUAGAGGCCAAAUUCCUUUAGGGAAUACUCAUCAGAAAAUAGCUUUCUUAAGUGUGUGUGUGAGAGAGCGAGACCUUUUUCUGCCCUGUGAAUAUCUCUGAUAAAGAUGGGGCACAUCUCAAUAGUCUACUGUAGCUUCCUCUGCUGUGAUCAAGUCAUUAUAUCCUCUGUCCUUUACAGGAAGGCAGGUAGCUGUGGAUUGGGCUGUGGCUAAAGACAAGUUUGUCGCUACUCAGCCAGGAGCUAAGAAAGAGGAAAAGGUCGCAGCAGAGAAAGCGGCACCUGAAAGUGACUCGGAAGAGGAGGCGGAGGAGGAAGAAGUAGAAGAAGAGAAGAAACCAUUAGAACAUUCAAAGAACAAGUAUGAACUUUUGCUGUCUGUAAUCUCUAUUUCUGCAUGUCCUCAGUUUGAGAUGGGCUGUAAAGAUGUAGACGUUGACCUAGAUGUAAUUAAGCAAUAAGGCAUGAGAACCCAGGGAUUAUCGUGUGAAUAACUGCCGACUAAGGGUUGUUAUAAGACCCAACGCGGUGGGCCAGAGAAACAGCCCAUAGGAGGGAGUUAUUUCACUAUAAUUCCCAUUUUAGAAAACAGUUACCAACAUAUUUUUAAAAAGAUGAAUGACAUGUUUUCAUAAAUGAAAAUGAGUAAAUUAGUUUAAUUUCGUCCUUCCACCAGACGAUAUAGUCCGGGCAAAAGCCAGUUGUUAGUUCUGAGAUUCUGAAGUUGCUAGCCAAAGAAGCUGUUUGUCCAUUCCAAACAUUCUAAGCAAAAAAGGUUGCCAUGCAGGCUAGCUACUUCUCCUUUGCUAGCUAGCCAACUAAAGCUAACACACAAUCAAAUCAAGCAGCUAAAAUGACAACAGACUACGCAUUUUAGUUUGUUUUACCUUUGUUUCUAUUGCCAUUUAUUUUGAUAUAUCCAUUAAAAUGAUCCUGAUAAAUGAAUUAGUCUGGCUCAGAGAUGUUGUCAGUAAUGUUCAUUCUCUCCUAUGGAAUGGUGGAGAUCGCCAAAAAUACCUGUAAUAUUGUUGCACAUGUCGGAAAAGCCGGCAGCAAGGUUUAGACAAACCCCAACUGUUGCAAACCAAAUACUAGCCUAGUAGAAUGAGGAAAUAAUGUCUAAACUUUUUUCCAGGGGAGAUGAAGUUUAUAAAUUGCCUGGCUGGGCUGUAGGACAGUGGAUGCGCAUUGAUAAUUCAAAUUGAACUGUUAACAGGCAUUACCUGGGGAUUGUGGUGAAUAACUCCCUGCUAUCAACCAAUCAGGAUCCAAACAGUUGGUCUUCUUUGACCUGUCUUUGUCCUUUGGUUCUGAGGACUGGAGUAUUGCAGCCAGGAUAUCGUUGAAGUGUUGUGUUUAAUAGUCCUUCUGUCUCUCUACAGAGUCCGCUCUAAGCCAGCUCAGCAGCCAGACAGCCCGUCAGAGGAUGAGAGUGAGGAAGGAGAGGGUGAUGAUGAGGAGAAUGAAGAAGCAGAGUCUCAGGAGGCAGAUGACGAUAAUAAAAGUGAUCUUGGGUCUGAUGAAGAUGAUGAUGACGACUGUGAGGAUUCUGGUAUGAAAUGGUUGUCUUUUCUCUUGAUGUAAUAUCACAGUGUGUAUGUUCCAGGUUGCCCUCUGUUUGAACCCCUCUCUCUCUCUCUCUCUCUCUCUCUCUCUCUCUCUCUCUCUCUCUCUCUCUCUCUCUCUCUCUCUCUCUCUCUCUCUCUCUCUCUCUCUCUCUCUCUCUCUCUCUCUCUCUCUCUCUCUCUCUCUCUCUCUCUCUCUACAUAUACAUACUGCUCAAAAAAAUAAAGGGAACACUUAUGACACAACACAAUGUAACUCCAAGUCAAUCACACUUCUGUGAAAUCAAACUGUCCACUUAGGAAGCAACACUGAUUGACAAUAAAUGUCACAUGCUGUUGUGCAAAUGGAAUAGACAACAGGUGGAAAUUAUAGGCAGUUAGCAAGACACCCCCAAUAAAGGACUGGUUUUGCAGGUGGUGACCACAGACCACUUCUCAGUUCCUAUGCUUCCUGGCUGAUGUUUUGGUCACUUUUGAAUGCUGGCGGUGCUUUCACUCUAGUGGUAGCAUGAGACGGAGUCUACAACCCACACAAGUGGCUCAGGUAGUACAGCUCAUCCAGGAUGGCACAUCAAUGCGAGCUGUGGCAAGAAGGUUUGCUGUGUCUGUCAGCGUAGUGUCCAGAGCAUGGAGGCGCUACCAGGAGACAGGCCAGUACAUCAGGAGACGUGGAGGAGGCCGUAGGAGGGUAACAACCCAGCAGCAGGACCGCUACCUCCGCCUUUGUGCAAGGAGGAGCAGGAGGAGCACUGCCAGAGCCCUGCAAAAUGACCUCCAGCAGGCCACAAAUGUGCAUGUGUCUUCUCAAACGGUCAGAAACAGACUCCAUGAGGGUGGUAUGAGGGCCCGACGUCCACAGGUGGGGGUUGUGCUUACAGCCCAACACCGUGCAGGACGUUUGGCAUUUGCCAGAGAACACCAAGAUUGGCAAAUUUGUCACUGGCGCCCUGUGCUCUUCACAGAUGAAAGCAGGUUCACACUGAGCACAUGUGACAGACGUGACAGAGUCUGGAGACGCCGUGGAGAACGUUCUGCUGCCUGCAACAUCCUCCAGCAUGACCGGUUUGGCGGUGGGUCAGUCAUGGUGUGGGGUGGCAUUUCUUUGAGCUCCUCCAUGUGCUCGCCAGAGGUAGCCUGACUGCCAUUAGGUACCGAGAUGAGAUCCUCAGACCCCUUGUGAGACCAUAUACUGGUGCGGUUGGCCCUGGGUUCCUCCUAAUGCAAGACAAUGCUAGACCUCAUGUGGCUGGAGUGUGUCAGCAGUUCCUGCAAGAGGAAGGCAUUGAUGCUAUGGACUGGCCCGCCCGUUCCCCAGACCUGAAUCCAAUUGAGCACAUCUGGGACAUCAUGUCUCGCUCCAUCCACCAACGCCACGUUGCACCACAGACUGUCCAGGAGUUGGUGGAUGCUUUAGUCCAGGUCUGGGAGGAGAUCCCUCAGGAGACCAUCCGCCACCUCAUCAGGAGCAUGCCCAGGCGUUGUAGGGAGGUCAUACAGGCACGUGGAGGCCACACACACUACUGAGCCUCAUUUUGACUUGUUUUAAGGACAUUACAUCAAAGUUGGAUCAGCCUGUAGUGUGGUUUUCCACUUUAAUUUUGAGUGUGACUCCAAAUCCAGACUUCCAUGGGUUGAUAAAUUUGAUUUCCAUUGAUAAUUUUUUUGUGAUUUUGUUGUCAGCACAUUCAACUAUGUAAAGAAAAAAGUAUUUAAUAAGAUUAUUUCAUUCAUUCAGAUCUAGGAUGUUUUAUUUUAGUGUUCCCUUUUAUUUUUUUGAGCAGUGUAUAUAUCUAUCUCUCGUGCAGCCAAGAGGAAGCCCAUCCCAUCAGACGUCAAUGAGGGCAAAACCAUCUUUCUCAGGAACCUGUCGUUUGAUACGGAACAGGAGUGCUUGGAGGAGGUAUUACUGCAGUAUGGAGAACUGAAGUACAUCAAGAUCUGUCUACACCCAGACACUGAACACUCUAAAUGUAUAGUCCUGGCUCCAACACAACCUCAUUCUCUCUAUAGCUCUGUCCCCCCCCAAACUUAAACAAUGCGAUGAAGUGGGAUAGAUGUCUACAUGUUAACAUUGAAUCAUGGUUGUGUUGGUUGGUAAUGGUUGUUGACUGUGUUCUGUUGUCUGGUCAGGUAUUGCCUUUGCUCAGUUCAAGUCUAAAGAAGCAGCAGAGAAAUGCAUUAUUGCCGCGGAGGACGAGUCAGAGGUGAGACGGAAUAGGAUAAAUUACUCAUGCAUUCUACAGGUACAUCUCUUCUGAUGAGCCCUGUGUUGCUGUAAUGUAUGUUUGGGGGUAACAUGUUUGUGUCUGUCUUAGAGCGGGGGUAUCCAUGUGGAUGGUAGGAAGCUGAACAUCGUAGCGGCGGUAAGCAGAGAGGAUGCCGUCAAACGGAAGGACAAGAAGGUCAAAACACACAGGGACCAGGAAAAUCUACCUGGCUAGAGAGGGAUGUAAGUUACAGCCCCUUUCUCCUCCCUUUUCCUCUCCUCUCCCCUAUCUCAUACCUCUCUUUCUCUCAGUGAUACGGGCAGGAACUAAGGCAGCUGAGGACGUUCCAGCAGCAGACAUGGCCAAGAGGACCAGAGUAAGUACUUACUGUUUUUCAACCAAUCAUAGCGUUGUCUUACAAUCACAAUAGUGUGUUGGUAACUGAGGGCUUGUGUCCCCAGUGUUUUUUUUUUUUUUUUUUUUCAUUUUUAUUUUAGGAAGGCCAGAGUGUGUGUAUGUGUUAACCCUCUCCUUCUGUGUUAGUUUGAGGACCUGAAGCGGACCAAGCUACGGGACAUGAAUGUGUUUGUGUCCAAGAACCGCUUGUGUGUCCACAACCUGCCCAAGUCUGUAGACAGCAAACAACUACAACAACUCUGUCUGAAAGCUGCAGGAGCUGGCAAGGGGGUCCUCAUUACCGAGGUAAGACACUCCUACCACAUUUCCAUAGCUGUUUCCAUCUGAGUCAAAUCUGGCAAUAGGUCCUCAUCUCUCUGGGUGAUCGGUUAGUGACCACCAGGUAGCACUACAGUGCCUUCAGAAAGUAUUCACACCCCCUUGACUUUUUGUGCUAAUGGUUUCUUCUCCUCCUCUUCUUCAAAGUCACUUUCAAGUGCCACAUUUUGUUGUGUUGCAGCCUGAAUUCAACAUUUUUUAAAUUGACCCACCCAUAAUGUCAGUGUAAUUGUUUAUUUUUACAAAUUAAUUAAAAAUGAAAAGCUGAAAUGUCUUGAGUCAAUAAGUAUUCAACCCCUUUGUUAUGGCAAGCCUAAAUUAGUUCAGGAGUAAAAAUGUGCUUAACAAGUCACAUAAUAAGCUGCAUGGACUCACUCUGUGUGCAAUAAUAGUGUUUAACAUGAUUUUUGAACGACUACCUCAUCUCUGUACCCCACACAUAAAAUUAUAUGUAAGUUCCCUCAGUCGACCAGUGAAUUCUAAACACAGAUUCAACCAGAAAGACCAGGUAGGUUUUCUAAUGCCUCACAAAGAAGAGCACCUAUUGUUAGAUGGGUAAAAAUAAAGCAGACAUUGAAUAUCCCUUUGAGCAUGUUUAAGUUAUUACACUUUGGAUGGUGUAUCAAUACACCCAGUCACUACAAAGAUACAGGUGGCAUUCCUACCUCAGUUGCUGGAGAGGAACGAAACCGCACAGGGUUUUGACCAUGAGGCCAAUAGUGACUUUAAAACAGUUACAGAGUUUAAUGGCUGUGAUAGGAGAAAACUGAGGAGAGAUCAACAACAUUGUAGUGACUCCACAAUGCUAACCUAAUUGACAGAGUGAAAAGAUGGAACCCUGUACAGAACAAAAAUAUUCCAAAACAUGCAGCCUGUUUGCAACAAGGUACUAAAGUAAUACUGCAAAAAGAUGUGGCAAAGCAAUUAACACUUUGUAUUCAGGACAAAAAUUUAUGUUUGGGGGCAAAUCCAAUACAACACAUUAAUAUUUUCAAGCAUAAUGGUGGCUGAAUCAUGUUAUGGCUAUGCUUGUAAUUGUUAAGGACUGGGGAGUUUUUCAGGAUAAAAAAUAAAUGGAAUGGAGCUAAGCACAGGCAAAAUCCUAGAGGAAAACCUGGUUCAGUCUGCUUUCCACUAGACACUGGCAGAUGAAUUCACCUUUCAGCAGGACAGUAACCUAAAACACAAGGCCAAAUCUACACUGCAGUUGCUUACCUAAAAAGACAGUGAAUGUUUCUGAGUGGCCGAGUUACAGUUCUGAUUUAAAUCUGCUUAAAAAUCUAUGGCAAGUCCUGAAAAUGGAUGUCUAGCAAUGAUCAACAACCAAUUUGACAGAAUUUUGAAAAUAAUAAUGGGCCAAUGUUGCACAAUCCAGGUGUGGAAAGCUCUUAGAGACUUACCCAGAAAGACUCACAGCUGUAAUCGCUGCCAAAGGUGAUUCUAACAUGUAUUGACUCAGGGGGUUGAAUACUUAUCUCAUCAACAUACUGUAUAUUACUGUUUUUUUAAUACAAAUGUUAGAAUUUUUCUUCCACUUUGACAUUUCAGUAUUUUGUGUAGAUUGUUGACAAAAAAAUGACAUUCAAUUCAUUUUAAUCCCACUUUGUAACACAACUAAAUGUGGAAAAAGUCAAGGGGUGUGAAUACUUUCUGAAGGCACUGUAUUGUCCUAUAAAGCUGUCCUGUCCAUGUUGAAUGGCCUUUAAUUUCUCUUUACAACCUCUUUCCCCAAUUCUCAUUGUUUACCAUUUGCUUUUCUUCCCCUUUUCCUCACCAUCUCUAUCUGUAUACCCCCCCCUCUCUCUCGCUCUCUCUCUGUCCAGUGCAGGGUGAUGUAUGAUAAGAAGCCAGAGCGGGGUCAGGUGUUAGGCCGGUCGCUAGGUUACGGCUUUGUUCAGUUCCAAGAUCAUGAACACGCUCUGAAGACACUACGACACCUCAACAAUAACCCUGACAUCUACGGAAACACCAAGGUGUGUCUUUGUUGAUCUCUCUCUGUGUGUGUAUGCAUGUCCUCAACCUUGUCCUCGACAGAAUGCAGCUGUGUUUGAGAGGGUGAAUGACAGGUUAUGUUUCAGGAUGUUGUCUUUGGCUCUCAGUAGCUGAUGUCAGUAACUGCAUUGAUUUUAUCUCUGAACAAUAUUACAUCUGGUCUCAAACAUCCUAGUCAUCAAUAUUUUAUGUUGAAUUGCACGUACACACGUUUGGUUUGGCAACCUACAGCAUCUGAUCAAUAUUGACGGUCUUCUUGCUAAAUUAUGAGAGAGUUUUAUUGAGAAGACUAUUCACAGGUUGUCAUUGUUUUGUUUUUCUUGAAUGAUUUACCUUGUGUGUGUACAGAGGCCCAUUGUUGAGUUUUCUCUUGAAGAUGGGAGGAAGCUGAAGAUGAAAGAAAUGCGACAACAACAAGUCAAGGUGUGUCUUCUCUUCUGUUUUUGUUGGUGUGUGAUGAUGGUUAAGAUUAAGAGUAACACAUUUUCCUGUCUCCAUGGUUUCCAGGAGCGUUUUAAGGGGCGUGGCCCUAUGGGAAGCUGCAUCAGGAGGCGGGACUGGACCUCAGAAGGGUGCGUCUAAAUCCCAGAGUGCCAUGGUAACGAAGGAGGGGUCAGCGAAGACCCAGACACAGUCAGCACCAUCAGGUCAGGGCAGACAGGAUGGAGGUAUGACGCUCUACAUUUCUGCUCAAUCCUGAAGAUAACACACACACAGCUCAUCAAUUCUGGUGGAACUGCAAAUGUUUGUCAUUUUUAACUUUUCCCUCAUUUUCUGUAUUCUUUUUGCUUUUUGGUUGUCGCUGAUAUUUCCUCCCAUUUCUUUCUCUCUCGUCUAGUACCUCCCCCCCCAGCCACAGGCCAAGGCUCAGACCCAGCAACAGGCCCAGAAGCAGGGCCGGCAGUACGCAGGCUUCCAGACCACCCCAGUUCUAGAACACGUAGAACUGGAGGAUGGAAAGAAACGACAGAAGGUUCUAGCCCUGCCCUCCCACCGUGGCCCAAAGAUCAGGUAAUACAUUUUUUACAUUUUAGUCAUUUAGCAGACGCUCUUAUCCAGAGCAACUUACAAUUAGUGAGUGCAUACAUUUUCAUACUGGCCCCCCGUGGGAAACGAACCCACAACCCUGGCGUUGCAAGCGCCAUGCUCUACCAACUGAGCUACAGGGGACUACACACACACACACUGUACCUAUUACAUUGUAAUCCAUACUACAUGGUAUAACGUUGGUCCUGCAGGGCGCGUGAUAAGGGGAAGCCGCAGCACCAGCUUGCUCAGCCUAAGAAGCCCAAGAUCCGGCCCAGCAGGAGAGAGCGACAGGGAGGAACGUCACUGGAGAAACCUACACAGCCCAGAACACAGGUACACACACAAACAUUACCAAUGUCUGCAUGUCGUGGCCCCAAGAUCAUGUAAUACAUUCAACUGUCUUUUCCAGAGUGCUAAAGGGGCCAAGAGGCGGUUUAGGAGCCGAGAGGAUGACCGCUUUGACAAUCUGGUUGAACAAUACAAGAGGAAACUGAUGGGCGGCAACAAGACUGCAACCAUCAAGAAGAACAAGUGGUUCAACAGUUAA